ACGUGGACGAAGACUGGACGUGGACGUGGACCUGGACGUGGACGUGGACGUGGACGUGGACGUGGACGUGGACGUGGACGUGGACGUGGACGUGGACGUGGACGUGGACGUGGACGUGGACGUGGACGUGGACGUGGACAUGGACGUGGACAUGGACGUGGACGUGGACGUGGACAUGGACGUGGACGUGGACAUGGACGUGGACGUGGAUGUGACGUGGACGUGGACGUGGACGUGGACGUGGACGUGGACGUGGACGUGGACGUGGACGUGGACGUGGACGUGGACAUGGACGUGGACGUGGACGUGGACGUGGACAUGGACGUGGACGUGGACGUGGACGUGGACAUGGACGUGGACGUGGACGUGGACGUGGACGUGGACGUGGACGUGGACGUGGACUUGGACGUGGACGUGGACGUGGACGUGGACGUGGAUUGACGUGGACGUGGACGUGGACGUGGACGUGGACGUGGACGUGGACGUGGACUUGGACGUGGACGUGGACAUGGACGUGGACGUGGAGAUGGACGUGGACGUGGAGGUGGACAUGGACGUGGACGUGGACGUGGACGUGGACCUGGACGUGGACGUGGACGUGGACUGGACAUGGACGUGGACGUGGAUUGGACGUGGACGUGGACAUGGACGUGGACGUGGACGUGGACAUGGACUUGGACGUGGACGUGGACGUGGACGUGGACAUGGACGUGGACGUGGACGUGGACGUGGACGUGGAAAUGGACGUGGACGUGGACGUGGACAUGGACGUGGACGUGGACAUGGACGUGGACGUGGACGUGGACGUGGACGUGGACGUGGACGUGGACGUGACGUGGACGUGGACGUGGACGUGGACGUGACAUGGGGGACAUGA